AUGCUGCUCACAUCGUUGAGCAUGGCUUUUCGGGGCGACAACCUUCGCAGCUUGCUGUGGUCCGACCUAUCAGUCCGCCAGAUCCCGAUGUAUGAUAUCCAGCUCGGUCACAAGGUCCCGGCCCUUAUUUUCAUGGCAAACAAUGGCAAGACAAACCAGAAUGGGUGGACUGACAAGUUCGGUGCCUUUCAUCACCACCUCAUCGAACUCUGCAGCAUCGGAUCGAUCACACUGCAGCUUUACAGCCAUUUCCACAUCCAGAACAAUACAGUUCCCAACUUUGGUGCGGACGUCACCGAUCGGAACUUUGGGGAGUACGGUCAGCGGGAUUGGUACCGGUAUCAUGUCUUCUAUGCCUCGCGGCUGGAUGCACCGAUGUCAUACGAAGCCCAUCGCAGCCGCAUCAAUGCCCUUCACCUCCAACAUGAGAUCUCCAUCACCAAGGUAACCCACACUGGCCGAUCUUUCACGGCACAGAACACAUGCAGCCAUGGGGUUUCCGCAAGUGACACCAAGGCUUUUGGCGGGUGGAGUGAGAGCGGAUCAUUCCGCUCCUGCUAUGAUUGUGAACUGCCCAUUGACGCGCUCGUUGGAUCAGCGAUGUUCAACGCACGGCAACCGGGCACGUAUUUCAUCCCUCGGGAUGUCCUCGACCCGCUGUUAUCACUCAAGACGGCCAUUUUCCCGUGGCUUGAAGAUCAAGAGCGUGCGAUGCGAGCGUGGGCUGAAGCAGAGGCGCUCACGAAGGACAUCGCCCUCGUCCAGUUCUUUAGGGUCCUCGCCUGGUUUUGCCAUGUCCUGUUGCAGGACAUGGCUGUUCUCUACUCAUGGAACCCCGGCGCGCUUGUAUUUCAGCAUCCACCAUUCAACACUGUGACUUUCCGUGCUUUCGCAGCCGACACAGACACUACCACAUGA